GAUCUGCAUUAGUGUUCCUGUGAGAGAGAAGCUUGAAGUGCUUUCAUAAAUAAGGUUCCAUCUUACGUGUGUGUGUGUGUGUGUGUAUGUACACACACACACACAUACUUUGGUGGUGUUAUUCAUAAGGCUCUUAGCUGAGGAUUGUCGCUUCUACAUUGUACAUCAUUACUAUGUUGUUUUGUCCUUUUAGGAUGAACACUUUGUAGAUGGCAAACCAAGGAACGCUCAGUUUCAGCCAAUUUCAGCCUAUAUUAGUACCACUUCAAUGUCCUGUGGGUACCUUGGUGCUUACAUAGCAGCUGAUGGAUGUGAGUGGUUUGUAACGCCUGUGGACAACUGCUAAGCAUCCCACACCUGCCUAAACUUGCUUCUGCUUCUUGGACUGUUAAGUGUUUCAUGAAUGCCCUAGUUAGUUAGUUGUGUUCUAAUUAAGCAACUUACCAGGCUCACAUUUCUUAGGAUUUGCCUUUCAACAGCUUGCCCUUGUUAUCCAGAGUCCUUGAUCCACAUUAUUUAAUGUUGUUUAAUUAUUUAAUGUUCCCUUCUGAGGUUUUAACACAUUUAGGAAAAACUUGAAUAAACAGAAACUGACCAGCAGAUGGAGAUAGAAUUUUAACGUAAGCCCUUCUUAGCCAUCGUUUUGUCUCCAGUGAGCUUUUAACCAGUUUUUCUUUUGCGUAUCUGUAAUUCUGGCUGGGGAGCAGCUCAUCAGGCAUGAAGUCACAAUUGGCUGUAACCUAUCAAUGCAGUGUAAUGGGAUUAUCUGUUGCUUGGAGUACAGCUGUGAUCUAAGAACAGGGAUAGGAGGAAGGAUUUGUGGUUGUCUUGCAUUCACAUGGGAAGAAAAGACGUCUCAGUGUGGCUGUAAUGGUGCACACAUGCUGCUAAUGAGCUCUCAGCACUGCACAGCUCAGCAAUGGCCUGGUUCAGCUUUGUUCCCCUUAGCUCUGAGAGGGGAGGUUGGUGUGAGCGAAGGGCUUAGGGCUGCAUCUCAGGUUCCACUCUGCACUUACAAAAGCCCAUGUGCUCGUGUACACACACUGUGGCUUUUUAACUUGUUUUCACGCGAGAAUUAAGCUCCUAUAAACAUGUUUAGUCUGCUUUUCUUAAAACCCUUAAUUUGGUUUGAGUGUUGUGGUUCACUUGGAGUAGAUUCAUUUGAAAAACAUGUUAAGCUGAAAUGUCACUUCCAACACUGGUUAGAUCUCAUUGAUAACCUGGGCUGGAUAGCAGGAGAUGCUUUUUCUCCUAAGAGGCUCAGCACUGUGCAGCUGCCUGGGCUGGGGGUCACCAUCCCAGGGGUGUUCAGAGCCGUGGGGAUGUGGCACUGAGGGGAUGGGGGGUGGGCUGGGGAGCUGGGAAGGCUUUUCGAACCUGAGUGAUUCUGUGGUUCUAGGAGAGAGGAGACAGGCAGCGGGUGGUGAUGCUGGGCAGUGACACCUGUCCCCUGCCAUCACUGGUGUCACCUGGUUUCACAGCCUGGCACAGGAUGGGGAUGCAGUGACUGCAGUGCAGAGCUGAGUUCUGAAGUGCAGCUCCAGUUCCUUUUUUUUUGUUGGUUUCUUUUUUUCUUUGUAAUCUCUUCUGCUCGGGAAGAAUCUAGGUCUCUGAAAAACCCCUCAAAGCUGCUUUUUGUGUGAACAGCAAGACAAAGCCUCGCAAGGCAUCGGGAGGAUUUCGGCCUGAAAGCCACCUCUGUUCCAGCACUGAGCCCAUUGGCUGCACACAGCUCCAGUCAUUCCUUCCUGCACUCCCAUAAAAACCUGCAUGCAGCUCCAGGAGCCUCAAAUCCUGCACUGAGACAAUGUACAGCCAGGUGGAGCAUCCCGCGGGAGGUUACAAGAAGCUCUUCGAGACAGUGGAGGAGCUGUCCUCACCCGUCACUGCUCACGUCACAGGCAGGAUCCCCACCUGGCUCAGAGGCAGCCUCCUGCGAUGUGGGCCUGGCCUCUUUGAAGUCGGGGCAGAGCCGUUCUACCACCUCUUCGAUGGCCAGGCACUGCUGCACAAGUUUGACUUCAAGGAGGGACAUGUCACCUACCACCGGAGGUGCGGGGAUGCAGCCAAAGACUGCUGCUCUUCUGGGGUCCUUGUCCAUUGGAGGAGCUCCAGCAGGGAGCUCUCCCGAAGCAAGGCACUGGGGCAGGCUGCCAGAGAAGUGGGGGUGCCCCAUCCCCAGAGGUGCCAAGGCCAGGCUGGAUGGGGCUUUGAGCAGCCCGUGGCACGGGGUUGGAAGUGGACAGGAUGGAAGGUCCCUCUAACCCAGCCAUUCUAUAAUUCUGUGAACAACAGCACACUCAGCAAAAAAAAUGCAGCUUUUCCUACAGUUCAGAGAUGUUCUGUGAAGAUGAGGGCAGCAGGGGCUGCCUGCAGCUGCAGUGACAACACACUCCUGGGGGCUGCAGCUGGCCACCAUGCCCAGGGCUACAGCAAUUCACAUGCUGCAACGCAGCCCUGGUUGCUGCCGGGGUCUGGACUGAGCUCUCAAGAGCCACACCACAAGAAAUAUUUGUAUUAUUUUAAUUGCAUUGCCUGUUGUGUUGGUGUGACUGCCUGUAACGUGCCUCACUCCCUCAGGUUUGUUAGGACAGAUGCUUAUGUGCGAGCCAUGACGGAGAAGAGGAUUGUGAUAACUGAAUUUGGUACCUACGCCUACCCAGACCCGUGCAAGAACAUUUUCUCCAGGUUUUUCUCCUACUUUAAAGGGGUGGAGGUCACCGAUAACGCCCUCGUUAAUGUCUACCCUGUUGGUGAGGACUACUACGCCUGUACGGAGACCAACUUUAUAACCAAAAUUAACCCAGACACUCUAGAGACAAUUAAGCAGGUGGAUCUCUGCAAGUACGUCUCCGUCAAUGGGGCCACAGCUCACCCCCACGUGGAGAACGACGGCACAGUUUACAACAUUGGCAACUGCUUUGGGAAAAAUUUCUCGCUGGCCUACAACAUCAUACGGAUUCCUCCACUCCAGGCAGACAAGGAGGACCCAAUGAACAAGUCAGAGGUGGUGGUGCAGUUCCCUUGCAGUGACAGAUUUAAGCCCUCCUACGUGCACAGUUUUGGCCUGACCCCAAACUACAUUGUAUUUGUCGAAACCCCGGUGAAGAUCAACCUCCUCAAGUUCCUCUCCUCCUGGAGCCUCUGGGGAGCCAACUACAUGGACUGCUUUGAGUCCAACGAGACCAUGGGGGUCUGGCUUCACGUGGCGGAGAAAAAGAAAGGGCGGCUCCUCAAUAUCAAGUACCGGACCUCAGCCUUCAACCUCUUCCAUCACAUCAACACCUUCGAGGAUAAUGGGUUCCUCAUUGUUGACCUCUGCACAUGGAAGGGAUUCGAGUUCGUUUACAAUUACCUCUACUUAGCCAACCUCCGAGCAAACUGGGAUGAGGUAAAGAAGCAGGCUGAGAAGGCCCCCCAGCCCGAAGCCCGCAGAUACGUGCUGCCCCUCCGCAUCGACAAGGCUGACACAGGCAAAAACUUGGUCACCCUGCCCUACACGACAGCCACUGCGACGCUGCGCAGCGAUGAGACCGUCUGGCUGGAGCCAGAAGUUAUUUUCUCAGGGCCACGCCAUGGUAAGAGAACAGCUCAGAGCCACAGAAGCAGCAUGCAUACCAUCAGCCAUCCAUGUCCUGCUAAUCCUCAUGCAUCUAUACCUAUUUUUGCAGCCUUUGAAUUUCCACAGAUCAAUUACAAGAAAUACGGUGGGAAACCAUAUACAUACACGUAUGGGCUUGGACUGAAUCACUUUGUUCCAGACAGGCUUUGCAAGCUGAAUGUUAAAACAAAGGAGACCUGGGUGUGGCAGGAGCCAGAUUCAUACCCAUCAGAGCCAAUCUUCGUUUCCCAUCCAGAUGCUCUGGAGGAGGAUGAUGGGGUGGUGCUGAGCAUUGUGAUCAGCCCUGGCUCAGGGCCGAAGCCUGCCUACCUCCUGAUCCUGAAUGCCAAGGACAUGAGUGAAGUGGCCAGGGCAGAAGUGGAGGUGAACAUCCCUGUGACUUUCCAUGGACUCUUCAAAAGAGCAUGACUGCUGCCUGCAACACGCCGUGUUAGGCUUCUUCCAGCUUCAAAAAGAUGCAGUCUCCAUUUGCAAGCACAUAGAAAGUGAAACUGAAGGAAUUUAGGUCAUUUAUUUGUGAGAGUACUUAGUUCACAGAACUGUGGAAUGGCUUAGGUUGGAAGGGACCUUACAGCCCUUCCAGUUCCAAACCCCUACCCAGUGCUGUGUCCAUGGCCUUGGGCACCCACAGGUGCCUCACUGCCCUAAUUAAGACUGAGAAUUUCAGUUUUGUUGCUUAUUUCUCAAAAUAUUUACCCAGAUAUUUCUCAAAUGUACUCCAUGGCCUAAUUUCAAGAUGUACAAUACAAUAAACCAUACAGUUUCUUUUACAAAAUUAAAUUUUGCAGAUGCAACAGAGAAAGAGAUGCAUGAAACAGCACAGUGUAACCUCAGACCCUGUACGCAUGGUAGCAUUAUGUAGAAGUCAAUGUCCUAUUGCUGUUGCAUGCUUUGAGAAGAGGUAGUUUUUAUCCUAUGGGGGUGUUUUGGAUUGAACUCACCUCCUGGUCACUGUACUGGUAUCCUCAGAGCAAGCUGAGGGGGGCCCUUCCACGGUGCUCUGGCAAUCUGACUUUGCAGGCAGCAUUCUCUGCUUUG